AUGGAUCUCCUCCGCGAUUUGACCUCUGAGAAACAUUUGGUAAAAAGUGCUAAAAUUUUGGAGUUGGAGACGGAUUGCUCAAAGCGAGCAGUAGAGAACGGUGCACGACAUAAUGGUGUUGAAUUCAAUCUUACGCAAGAAAUGGAAAAAGACAUGGGGAAGAUGAUUGCCUACAUUUGCGAUCUUAAGCGGAAGAACCACGAGCUGAAUCUACGCCUGAAAAGUUACGAAUCAAAAGACACUACGGCUCCAAAAGACGCAGUUCCCGAUCUCCGGUCUGAACGAGAAAAGCGACGUGCGCUUGAAACGGAAUUGUCGGAACUAAAACAGAUCUUAAUGAAGAGCGACAACCAAAAAAUCAUUGCAUUGGCAACAAAGAUCGAGCAGCUUAACGCUCAACAGGCAAUGAUUAGUGAGCGAUGUAACGUUCUUCAUAAAAAGGCGGUAGCGGACAAUGACAGCGAGGCCUACGCGCAAAUCGGAUUGUUGUUCGAGUCCCGUCUUUACGUCGAUUCCGACAAUGACUACCUGUUGGCUGGGAAUUUUAGAGAUCAACGCAUUGAAUUCAUCAUAAAAGGCGUCCUUAUUGUUCUCCUUAGCGGUUUCCGCUUAGGAGACAAGUAUCGCACAGCCGCCUAUCUUCGUUUCAUCAGCAUUGCCGCAGCAUAUGGUGUAAUUUUUGGUGCCGAUGAGGGACCCAUCUCCGAUGCGUGA